UGCGGUUGAAGUAAAGACAAACAUCAACAGAACUGGAAGAUUACGAGACUGAAGAAUUGAAGAAUGGAUGUCGCGAAAAACACACGUAGAACCAAGAAACGAUCCGUGCAAGAGGCCAUCGUCGCUGCUUUUGUAGUGUUUUCCGUUUUUGUUACUAACAUAUUAGUAUUUGGUUUCACUGCUGUUCUACCAAUUUACCUCGUAGAAUUCAAGAAGGUUUUUCCGGACUUACACGAUCUUGUGCUUUUGAUAGUAUUUUUACCUUCAAGUGUGUUUGGUAUUGUUGGUUUCAUGGUUGGAAUAUUUCUCACUAAAUUUGGCGUAAGAACCACUGGCAUCGUGGGAAGCCUUUGUCUUACCCUUUCUAUUUGCGCUCCAUCGUUCUCUUCGAGUAUUUAUGUUUUAUUGGGAUGUUUCAGUCUUUUGCCAGGAAUUGGUUGUGCUUCUCUUAAUGUCUCGGCAAAUAAUGGAUUAGCAGCUUACUUCGGUGAAGACAGUCGAAAAUUUAUUGCAUUUGCUACGGUCGGAAAAUCUCUUGGAUUUAUAAUUUUCCCAAUCCUUACCAAUUAUUUCAUUGAACUCAUGUUCUGGCGUGGAAGUCUUCUUCUCCUGGCUGCUACUUUCAUACAAACUCUGCCAUGUGCUCUCCUGUAUUCUACGGAUAUGCAUAAAAACACGCGGAGAGAAACUUUGGCAGUAAGUGAAAGUAACGCGCCGAAAGAUUUGUAUAAGUCGGAUUCAAACGUUUCUGUAGAACAAUUUCAAAAUGUUGGUGACGUUCAGGAUGAAACGAUAUCGAACAAACUGGAAAUAUCUGAAGAUAAUAAUACAGCCUUGAAUCAUAACGAAGACAUCAAUACAAAUGAAAAAUAUAUUCGUGAGGCGGUUAUUAAGGCCUUAAAAUAUGACAACGAACCAUUUGUUAUAAAUAAUACACAACCUGACAAAGAAGAUUCUUUGGGUGUUGAAAAGACAGCUAUAAAUUCUAUAAAAUCGGAAGAUGAGGUGAUUGAUGUUCGAAAUGACAAGGUUCAAACGGAAGGAAAAUCUGAUUUGAAAUUUUCUGCAAAAAUCGUUACAGUUUUAACAAAUUUCAAUUACCUUUUAUUCCUUUUCGCCAUUCUUAUAACGUACGGAGGUGUUAUAACAGCAGUGUCUAUCUUACCGGAUUAUUGCGUACAACAAGGGCUAAGUCAAGCAGAAAGUGCCCGUAUAUUUUCAGUGGGAUCGUUUGGGUAUAUCUUGGCUUGUUUCGUCAGUAGUUGGUUGAUACAUAAAAACAUUGUUCCAAGUAGGAUUAUAUUUAGUACUGCAGCCACCAUGAGCGGAUUACUGAUCUGUGUUUAUCCUUCGUUGUCCACUUCAACAUAUUUGACUUUGCUAACAUUUGCUGUGAUGUUCACAAAUGGCCUCAUAUUCUCUACAAAUCUUGUAACUGUUAUGGAUUACUUUGAAAUCGGAUAUUUUUCGAUAAGUAUGGGAUUUGAAGAAACAGCAAUUGGAACUGGCAUUUUAAUUAUUGGAUAUCUGAUAGGAAUCUUCUCAGAAUACAUGAACACUUACGAAUACAGCUACUAUGUGAUCGGGAUCGGACCAAUUCUUUCGGUUCAACCCAUUUUAAUCCCGUUCUUAUUUAGCAAACUAUUAACUAAGCAAACACUCACAUAUUCUGUGAUUAAUAUUGGUAAUAAAUGCUGA